AUGGGAUCAUUGCAACAGCCGUCAGUACUAAAGGGGAAAAAAGUGAUUACUGAAAAUGACGCAAUUGUUCCUAAAAUAUUCCAGAAUAUCCAGGCGCAGUUUAGCAAACAAAUUGCUAUUAUUUACGAAGACGAAAGUGAAGAAUUUAAAAUAACCUACGGGGAAUUAGAACGGCUGACAAAUAAAUUAGCAAGGACAUUAAAACGCUUGUGCCCUGUAAACAACAACCGAGAUGCGAUAAUUGCUGUUUCAAUGAAGCCGACAUACAAUUUGCCGAUCGUGUUAUUAGCGAUUUUAAAAUCCGGGAUGGCUUAUUUGCCAUUGGACGGUGCAUUCCCUCAGGCACGUGUUACACAUAUUAUUGAUGAAUCACAGCCAUUGAUGGUUUUUGUUGACGAAGAUAACACACUGUCUUACGGCGAAACACCUGUAAUUACAUACAAUGAGCUAUUCGAAGAAUCGAAAGCCGAAUCUGAGCUUCCGCCAGAGUACAAUGAAGAUCCCAAAGAAUUGGCGAUUGUCUUGUACACAUCCGGAAGUACCGGAGUGCCCAAAGGCGUGAAGCUGCCUCAUGCGACUUUGAUUAACCGGCUGGAAUGGCAAUGGCGCGAGCUGCCUUUUUCCGACAAGGAACGGAAGACAAUAUUCAAAACGGCGCUUACUUUCGUAGAUAGCGCGCCGGAAAUUUGGGGCUCUUUGUUACAAGGCCGCACCAUUGUUGUUGUCCCUAAGCACGUGACAAAAGAUCCGGAAAAAUUCAUCAACGUACUUGAGAAACACAAAAUUCAAAGACUAGUCCUUGUACCGUCAUUGCUGCAAUCAAUGCUGAUGUAUCUGAGCCUUCAGGAUAACCAUCGUUCAUUAAAAUCAUUGAGGUUAUGGAUCUGCUCUGGUGAAAUACUUCCUCAGACCCUAGCAAAAGAAUUCUUCAGCCGCUUUGCCAAUUUUGGACACACACUGGCAAAUUUUUACGGCAGCACCGAAGUAAUGGGAGAUGUAACUUACUAUUUGUUGAAUGACAUCAGCCAAUUGGAAGAUAUGGACAAAGUUCCAAUUGGACGGCCGCUGGACAACUGCAUUAUCUACAUAGUUGACAAAAAUUUGAACCUGGUUCAACAAGGGGAAAUUGGAGAACUAGUUGUUGCAGGAAGGAAUUUGGCCGCUGGUUAUAUUCGCGGAAGGGACUCUCAUCGGUUUGUGACCAAUCCUCAUGCUAUUGAUCCUGGUAAGUUUCUGAUGAUUUUAAUCCUAAUAAACAAACUUGCCUUAAUAACCACGUGCACGGAAAGAAUAAGAUGA